AUGGCAUCUUCUUCGAAUAAUCUACCCGCCGUCAACCAAGUCACAGCCUGUUCACCGGCUCAACUAUCAUAUCCUCCAUACCGCGAACCAUCCUUCGAGGUUGCCACACAGAGAGGCAUAAAUAUUGCUCGCCUGAUUGUGGAUACGCUUAACAAAUCUCCGAGAACCCCUCCCGAGAAUCUUCUGAAGGAAGCAAAAGAUCUCGCAGAAUUUCGAGUUCCUACCGAGAAACUCAUUGGAUUUUUGGGCGAUUCUGGCCAUGGAAAAAGCAGUACGCUGAAUUCUGUGCUUGAUGACCAGGACCUUGCAAGAGCUGAAGCAUGUGGAACAGCUGUCACUCCCUACGCCGUCGAGUAUUGUUUUCAGCAACCCCGACAUCAGUCAGCAUUCACUCUGGAGUGCACUCUAAUGGUUGGAAAGGAGCUCAGGACAUAUCUAGGAAGGCUGCUGAGCGAUUUUCGUCGAUUUACCCUGGCAGACCCGCAGGAACGUGCUGCAAAUUUCGAGGGACUUCAAUCUGACAGACGAGCUGCACAAGAUAUUUUUGAGGCUGCUUUUGGUCGCAUGGACGGCUUUGACCUCGACCUUUUUGAGUGUAAAGACGAUGGAAUCUGUCAGAAUGACGGAGGCUGUGGAGACGAGGAACGCCGGGGAGAUGAUAGAAGCUGUGGAGACGACGAAAGCUGUGACGGCGAUGAGGGCUGCGAAGACGACGGAGGCUGUCAAGAUGUGGCAAUGACGAUUCUGGACGGCUACCGUGCUCAACUGGCCUUCCCCGAAGAUAUGACUCCGGACGGGGUCUGGAUCAAAGGAUCACAGACUGCAGCGGAGUGCCAGGACCAUCAGUCGCUCAUUCAAGACCGGGGGUUAUGGCCCUUUGUGAAGAGCAUGACCAUCUACUCGGAAAUCGGCAUCUUGAGUCAGGGUCUUACACUGAUCGACCUGCCUGGACUCCAAGACACAAACCUUGCCAGAGUAAGGGCUGCGCGAAAGAUGCAAGCAAAGUGCGACGAAAUUUUCCUCGUCGCAAAUAUUGGCAGAGUUGUGGACAACCCUACCAUUGGGCAGACUUUGGAGAGCCUCCAGGCACCGACAAGUGCCUCUAUCACGCCUGCGAGGAGCGUUACAAUCAUCUGUACUCACUCAGCCGACCUCUCUGACACGAGGCCCAUCGAAAAGUUGGUCAACUUAGCAGACCUGAGAGAGGCGAAAGCGGAGGUAAGGCGAGUGGAGUCACAAUGCGACGACUACCCCAGCGUGAAGGCUUACAAAGAUGCCUUGAAAAGGGCCGUCUUGAAACUAAAUACACUGCUCAUAGACGGCAGGAACAAGAAAGUCCAGGCGGAAUUGACUCACAAAUAUAGUCACUUGGCUAGAAAGGGCAAGCUAAGAGUGUUCUGCGUCGACAACGUGGAAUAUUCCAAAGACUCAGACAAACAGAAAGAGCUGAGUGGAAUACCUCAGCUGAGACAGUACCUCGCAGAUCUCCCGGCUGAGGCGUUGUUCCAAGAGAAGAACUCAUUCAUCUCUGACAGGAUUCCAGCACUCGUUGCGUCGUUUAUGACUUGGAUGGAAUCAAGCAGGAUCAAUAGCAACGCUGAACAACCUCCAUAUCUGCCAGAUCUGGAUAAGCUUCGUCUGUCGCAAGCCGUUGUUGUGGACUGGGAUAAGCAGAUGAACGCAAUCUUUUGCCGGCACAUUGGUUCCUCUCUCGGAGAGGCUUCUGGUUCAAUCGAAUCGAACUGCUUGCAUGUGGCCAAGGGCUGGGCACAUUGGGCGCAUCAAUCAGUGGCAGCAUGGCUGAGGCAUGAGGGAACUCAUCGAACCCCUACUCUGGGCUAUAGAUGUUGGAACAUGGAACUUCUCCGAUGCUUCAAUGAGGUCAUGUGCCCGAAAUACCGAGAAUUCCAUGCUGGGAUCGAUCCACUCCUUCGUGAACUGGAGACCAACGUCAUUCGGCCAUGGAAAACAUAUGAAGAGCAAUGUCAACAAUUACAGGCCCCGAGGAGCUUUCUCCGAUCGCUUGCCAAGCGAUCGGACAAGUUGAGAGAUGUUGUUGCGCGUGCUCUCAAACGCUACAGCCGGGAAGAAGGGAGAGUCAUAGUUGAUGCGAAUUCGGCCCACUCUGCUUCAUACAUUGUCGAUUGUAUGCUCGAGACAUAUUAUGCGGCCCAAAAGAUUCCUGGAAAGCAUGGCACGAUAAAACGCCAUAAUAAGUUGCAGGCUCGGGUUUCAAGUCAGGAAUUUGUCGAAAACUUCCGAGAUUUGCUCUCGGAAGGAUUUGAAGAGGCGGUAUCGAAGGCACGCAAGACAGUCGAGAAAGCACUUCGGGCAGAAUUCAAAGCCGUCCAGACCGAUCUGGAAGUCAUUCAACAAUCUAAUGGCCCGGACAAGCUCUUCAAGGUCUACCUCAAAUACGGGUGUGAUUGCGAACAAGCUGCGGUCAAGAUCCAGAAACAGAUGGACGAAAUGGACGGCCUUGCAGCGACGGCGCGAGAAAUGGCCAAGAAACAGUAUGGUGGAGACUCACACAACUAG